GGCGAGAAGUUAGCAAGAAUGUUUUGGUCUAGACCGAUAAGGGGACACGGUUGGUAGUAAUAGUGAGGUGGAAUUAACCAUGAAUCUGGCACAAGUCUCGCGACGUAGGGCAGAGAGAUUUGAACUCACAAGAAUGCGGAUAGGUGCGGCGGCGUAGGUAAGAAUCUCGGGAUUGGCGGUCUCGUCUACAGUAAGGUCGGGCUUCGGGGGUUGUGCAGGCGGAAAAGGGAGGAUGAGCCCGAUCGUCGCGUUGGUGGUGCUUUAAUCAUCACAGGCAUCGCGCUGCCACCCACCAUUGGCCGCCUUGCUCUUCGACAACCCGGGGCAGAACUGGGGCGGUUUCUGUAGGUACCCAGGCGUACCUACCUAGAACGAUCCCAUUGGACACUACCUAAGCUGCAUUUAACUGCACUAAGAAUCUCUAAGAUCACUACCGAUGACCCUGUCGAGCCUGUCAGCUACCUGCCGGUACCUCCUAGACGCACCCGAGGCGCCUAAAGGUGGGCUACCUUGUCAAUCACGUGAUGAUAAAUCUUUCUCUCUCUCUCUCUCUAAUGUCUCCACCAUAAUUUUGUUGAUAGAUGAUGAUACCCAGUUGCUCUUCUCUUUUCCUCCUUCUUCGAGCCGCAAAUAAAGCAGAGAGAAGCGCGAGCGAGACACAGUCUGUAAAUGAUGGAGUCCUCCCGUAUCUUUGUGCGCGGUCUCCCACCCACAAUCAAUGAGACUGAACUACGGAAAUUUUUCAGUACGAAGGGCCAUGUUUCCGAUAUCAAGUUUUUCCCGCAGCGGAGGAUCGGUUAUGUUGGGUACAAAACCCCAAAUGAGGCCGCCGACGCGGUCAGGUACUUCAACCGUUCUUUCAUACGGAUGUCUAGAAUCAACGUUGAGCUCGCCAAGCCCAUAGCAGAUCUUGCCGCCUCUAGAACCGAAUCCUCAGAUGCGCGACCUUCCAUAAGCUCAAAAGCCAAGCCCAGCCAGCCGUCAGCAUCUACUGAAGAGCAGGCUGAUGCCAACGCGAAGAAGCGGAAGCGCGACGCCCUAAACGAGUCGGAUCCAAAACUGCAGGAAUUCCUGAAUGUCAUGCAGGCAUCCACGAUCUCAGCGGAUAAACUUCACGGGCAUGAAGACGACGCUGUUAUCGAACCUCCCACGAAAAAGGUCGCUACUGUCGAUGAACCUGAAUCGGGAGACGAGUAUCAGUCCAUGCCCACAAAACCUAGUAAAAGAGCCACAAUACCGCCACCUGAAUCGGUUCUUGAAUUACAAGAAAGAUCCGCAGCUGUGUCAUCGCUUGAUGUACCCGUAAACCAACCGGACGAACAGCCAGAUUCUCAGAACUUGGAUGGUGGUGUUCAAGACAAUAUUGCUGGCACGGUCGAUGAUGAUGAUUGGUUGCGUAAUAGGACAAACAGACUUCUCGACCUAGCUGAUGACGAUGACAUUGUUCCUAUCAGACCAAAGCCUAUGGAUGCCGAAGAAACUGACCAACAAAAUCUGGAACAUAUAGCACCAGAUGGUGUGGAUGUCACGGAGGAGACUAUCAUGGCUGAAUCGGAAGAAAGCGUUGAAAGGGGUACGGAUUCGCAUGAUGAUGCUACGCACAACGCUAUUCGGAAGACUGCCAGGAUUUUCUGCCGUAAUCUUCCUUAUGAUGCCACUGUUGAAGACCUCAGGACCCACUUCGAAAAGUUUGGUGAGGUUGAAGAGGUUCAUGUUCCGUCUGAUGCGUCAAACAAAAACCGUGGUAUGGGUUUUAUCUUAUUCCGCGAUCAAGAUGCGGCAAUAAAGGCAUUCCAGUCCGAUCGCACUACCUUUCAAGGUAGGAUUUUACAUUUAUUACCAGCAAAAGCGAAAACGGAUGAACUUGAUGAAUUCGCGCUUGCCAAGCUACCACUCAAACAGCAAAACUUGAUAAAGAAGAGAAAGAAGGCAGCUGCCUCAACAUGGUCUUGGAACUCUCUUUACUUGUCCCAGGAUGCCGUCAAUACUUCUGUUGCCGAGCGCCUAGGUAUUUCCAAAAGUGAACUGUUGGAUCCUACCAGUAGCGACGCCGGAGUUAAACAGGCUCUUGCUGAGUCGGAGAUAAUACAGGACACAAAGUCGUACUUUACCGCAAAUGGUGUCAACCUGGAGUCUUUCAAGUUAAAACCCCGCUCCGAUGAUGUGAUUCUUGUCAAAAAUUUAGAUGCAAACACGAAAUCUGAAGAAAUAAGGAAUCUAUUUGAGGAACACGGGAAAGUACUAAGAGUCUUGAUUCCCCCAACAGGAGUGAUUGCGAUCGUGCAACUUGCCUCCCCGUCCGAUGGGAAACGGGCGUUUUCCAAACUAGCAUACCGUCGCUUCGGCUCUUCACAAUUAUUUUUAGAGAAAGCCCCGCGAGAUAUAUUUUUUGACUCGCAACCAGCGCAGGGCUCGGAGUCAAGUCACCAACCCGCCGCCGUUGAAAAGGUGUCUGCAUCAGAUCUGCUUGCGGAAGAUACCAAGCAGCCUUCCCACGAUGCUACAUUAUUCGUAAAGAAUCUGAAUUUCGAUACCGACACGAAGGCACUGGCAGAUGCCUUUCACCAUUUGGAAGGGUUCAAAAGUGCCCUCGUCAAGACGAAAAAGGACAUCAAGCGGCCCGGCCAAACCCUCUCGAUGGGGUUCGGCUUUAUCUCGUUUGAAAAUAGCGAUUUGGCAGCGGCAGCAGCAAAGGUCAUGGAUGGCCAUGUUUUAAUGGGCCACAAGUUACAGAUUAGAGCUUCUCACCGUGGCCUUGAUGCUGCUGAAGAGCGAAAGAAAAAGGAAGAGAUUGCUAAUAAAGCUACCUGCACCCUUAUAGUAAAGAACUUGCCGUUCCAGGCAAGCAAGCGCGAGAUCAAAGCAUUGUUUUCUGCAUAUUCCCAGAUUAAGGCUGUCAGAAUGCCUAAAAAGUUUAAUCACUCUGGCAGGGGAUUUGCGUUUGUGGACUUUUCUUCUACCAAGGAGGCGGCUUCGGCGCUGCAGGCACUCGAAGGAACACACUUGCUCGGCCGCCGUUUGAUUUUACAAUACGCAGAAGCUGAUGCAGUAGACGCCGAGGAAGAAAUCGCUAAAAUGCAGAAGAAGGUUGGUGGGCAGGUUAAUAAGGUCGCCCUACAGGAACUUACCGGUCAAGGUCGGAAGAAGUUCAAUGUUGGGGGAGACAGGGACGAGGGAGACUAAAAGACAGCAAUUGAAUCGGCUAUUCUUCCCUGUGUACAAGACUAUGCUAACGAAGGAGUGUGAGUAUUGCCAUCUUCGGAGAGGAGAUGUGGUACAUUGAUUUGUGAGACCUCCCUUUGCCAAGACUAUAGGAGCCCACCCCCGCCAGCCAGGUCCAGGGAGCCGGCUCGCACGCAGGUAAGUUACAGGGAAGGCUACACAGAGCACAAACCCUUGUCAACGGUUCAAGUACAAGCUGCUACUCUGUAGAAUUGACGAUCAUUGUAUCAGUACGUUAGUCAAAGUCACAUUCCCCUUGCUCCGUACCCCGAGCGGUGGAAUAUUCGCCGAGCCGGGAGAACUAGGGGCCAUUAGUACUCGCAAAUUGAACAUUCCCCGAUACACCUGUUAUUGUCUUGUUACCAUUUCGAUCC